AUGCCAAGUCGGGUCAGCGUUGCGAUUUUGCGGUUCAGUUGUGUUUUCUUUCUGGCUGCGAGCCACGUCAAGAGCUCUGAACGGGACUACCUCUUUCCAGACAUAGAACAAGAGCUCUUCAUCAAGCAGCAGUCUGAGUUUUAUGUGGAUCAUCCUGAAAAAGUGGACGGGAAUGGGAAGUUAAUCUCAUACUCUUUAUCACAUCACUUCAGGCGACAUAAGAGGGACCUGAAUUCAGCAGAGAGGCGAGUGUUUUACAAACUCAACUACAAAGGUCAGGAGUUCACUCUCAAUCUAACCACCAAUGACAAUCUGCUCUCCAACGAAUAUGUGUUGAAGAAACACAACAGGAGUUUAACAGAAAAGCGGUCGCAAACAUCUUGGAACCUAGCCUGCCACCUUAUUGGCACGGUAAUGGAUGGAAACGAGCAGGGAACCGCCGCCAUCAGCACCUGUGAGGGACUGAGAGGGUUGUUAAAUUUACCGCAGGGGCCAUUAUUGAUCGAGCCGGUCCGUGGCCACACCCCAAGCGUCACUCAUCCACGACACCCACAUGUGAUCUACCGGAGUCCAGCCUGGAGUGCAAUCAGGCGGCGACGUAGCACUGAUGCACACAGCAUUCAUCAUAGUCCCUGUGGGGUCAAAGAUGGUUCUGAGUUUUCCCAGCAGGUGGAGCAGGAGAGAGAGCGCUGGGAGCAGGAGCAGCGCCAGCAGGGUGGGGAUCGUAAUCACGAUCCGCAUCGAGAGUGGGAACGACCACGGAGGAUCUCCCCUCGCUCCAUCAGCAAAGAGCGUUGGGUGGAGACCAUGGUGGUGGGCGACUCCAAACUUGUGGACUACCAUGGAAGUGGAAACGUUGAGUCCUACAUCUUUACCAUCAUGAACAUGGUGGCUGGAAUUUUUCACGAUGCCAGCAUUGGUAAUGCUAUCCAUAUUGUACUGGUCCGGCUUAUUCUGCUACACGGAGAGGAGAAAGGGCUGAAGAUCAUUCACCACGCUGAUACGACUCUCAACAGCUUCUGUACCUGGCAAAAAAACCUCAAUCCUCAAAGUGACACUCAUCCUGCACACCAUGAUGUCGCUAUACUCAUCACACGGAAGGAUAUCUGCGCAGGCAUGAAUCAGCCGUGUGAGACGCUGGGCUUGUCUCACCUGUCGGGCAUGUGUCAGCCGUAUCGCUCCUGUAAUAUCAACGAGGACUCGGGGCUACCUGUCGCUUUCACCAUCGCUCAUGAGCUCGGACACAGUUUUGGAAUCCAUCAUGACGGUCAAGGGAAUGACUGUGAGUUAGUCGGGAGGCAUCCCUUCAUCAUGUCCCGUCAGCUCCACUACGACUCCUCUCCUCUCACCUGGUCCUCCUGCAGCAAGGAGUACAUCACACGCUUUCUCGAUCGUGGUUGGGGUUUCUGUCUGGAUGACCGGCCAUCUAAGAGAGACCUCAGCUCUCCGCUGGCAGCACCUGGAGUGCGAUACACCCCCCAGCACCAGUGCCAGCUGCAGUACGGACCCAACGCCACCUUCUGCUCAGAAGUGGAAAAUGUGUGUCAGAUUCUGUGGUGCUCUGUAAAUGGAUCCUGCCGCUCCAAACUGGACUCGCCGAUAGACGGAACCAGGUGUGGACCUGAGAAGUGGUGUAUCUCUGGUGAGUGUGUGAUUGUAGGGAAGUUACCGGAAACAGUGCAUGGAGGUUGGGGUUCCUGGAGCACCUGGUCUCACUGCUCUCGUACCUGUGGAGCCGGCGUCCAGUCAGCGGACAGGGAAUGCAACCAACCCAAACCUGAGUUUGGAGGCAAAUAUUGUACAGGCGAGCGGAAGCGCUACAGAAUUUGCAACACGAAGCCGUGUGCCAGAAAACAUCCCUCCUUUAGAGAGAUGCAGUGCAGUGAAUUUAACACUGUGCCUUACCACAAUGAACUCUACGAGUGGAUACCUGUUGCAAGCUCGUCGCGUCCAUGUGAGCUGCACUGCAAGCCUGUGGAUGAGGCCUUUUCUGAGAAGAUGUUGGAUGCGGUUACAGAUGGAACGCCCUGCUUUAUGAACAACAACAGCAGAAACAUCUGUGUCAAUGGUGUGUGCAAGGAGGUGGGUUGUGAUUUUGGCAUCAAUUCUAAUGCUAAAGAGGACGGCUGUGGCGUUUGUCUUGGUGAUGGAUCCACUUGUGAGACUGUGAAGGAGAACUUUGUGGAGCAAGAUGGAUUUGGUUACACGGACCUAGUUUUGAUCCCUGAGGGAGCUCGGAAUAUCUUCAUACAGGAAGUGGAAGAGGCUGGGAAUUUCCUUGUGAUCCGAGCGGCUGAUUCAGACGAGUAUUACCUCAACGGGAAUUACAUAAUUCAGUGGAACGGAGAGUACGAGGCAGGUGGCACUAAGUUUUACUACGAUCGGACCGGUAAUAUGGAGAAUCUCACCUCAGCAGGACCAACAUUUUCUCAAUAUUUAGAUUUUUUUGCAUCCUCAGAUUCCAGAUUUUCAAAUAGUUGUAUCUCGGCCAAAUAUUGUCCGAUCCUAACAAACCAUACAUCAAUGGAAAUCUUAUUUAUUCAGCUUUCAGAUGAUUAAUGCACAAACAUUGGUGACAGGCAUCGCAAGUGCAAGAACAUGGACUGCCCUGCAAGGUGGUGGGUGGGAGGAUGGCAGACAUGCUCGGCUACAUGCGGUCCAAACGGAGUGAAAAAGCGCACUAUUCUGUGUGUGCGGACUGUGGCCGGAGAGGAGCGGGUUCUUCACCCUGGGGACUGUAAGCAGCUUCUCAAACCCAAAUCUGUGGUACCUUGCAACCGAGACGUACCAUGUGGGUCCGAAUGGACUGUGGGGAACUGGAGCGAGUGCUCUCUGUCCUGCGAUGGAGGGAUAAAGUCAAGAGUCGUCAAGUGUGUGGCAAAACAACCCGGCCGGUGCAACCCUGCCAAUCGACCUCGUUCCACGAUCCUCUGUAACCUCCAGAGCUGCUCGUCCACUAACAGAUGGACGGGUUCACGAUUCCGACCUAGAGUCCCUCCUAAAAUCCCAACGCAGGCCCCCGGGACCCAAACACCAGGAUAUAGCACCACUAUCAUGCCUCCAAACACCUCUACUACCAUUACGACCAACACUUGCCCAACAUCCACAACAUCUGACAUAAUCCAUGAAGACGACCAAGACUUUAUCCUGGUGAGGGAUGAUCGCAAAGGUGGUCCUGGAUGGGUUCCAACAAAUACUGAGGACGAGGAGGGAAGCACAGACCUACGCCGUCCGGAUAAAAGCUACACGCCGGGUUAUGAUUACAUAGUAGAAGGUCCAACCGGAGAAGAAAGGGCACAUGAGGAUGACAUGUUUACCAGCACACCUGAAGAAGUCUCCACAUCUGCUGUCCCACCAUUGCAUACUAACAUCCCCACAGCAAAACCAGCCACUACUAGUAGAACCCAAUACAAUGAUCAUUUGACAACAUCCCCAGUGUUGCAGAAAACAACAAACUCAUAUGAACCAAAUACCAUCCCUAACCCUAAAGUGCCACAUUUGAAUACUCACAGUCCACAAGCAACUGUUCCUACAGUGAAGAUACUGAGAAAAGCCUCACAAACACCAAACAGUCCCAGCAAAGGUAAUGUGCCUAAAACAAGCAGGCUGAAGCCAGAGACGGUGACCACCACGGAUGACUACGGGAACCUGAAUGCACGAGAUCUCGUCAGUAGGAAUGCAUUUUGGAAAGUGGGCAACUGGAGUGAUUGCUCCACUACGUGUGGUCUUGGUGCAGUCUGGCGAUCAGUAGCCUGCAGCUCAGAGCGUGAGGAAGACUGUGCCAGUGUGAAGAAGCCAGAACCUGCCCGACGAUGUAUCCUGCGACCCUGUGCCACCUGGAAGAGUGGUAACUGGUCCAAGUGUCCUGAAGGCUGUGUGACUGAUACGAAGCAUCGAGAAGUGCAGUGCUUCGACACUCAGAGCAGACGUCCAUUGAGGCCUUUUCACUGCCAGGCUCUUUCAUACAAACCAAACAGCAGUUUGCCCUGCAACACCCAGCCCUGCCUGCAGUGGAUGUUCUCGCCCUGGGGAGAGUGCUCUAAAAGCUGUGGCCGCGGAGUGAAAGAAAGACGUGUGUACUGCCCUGAGUACCAGCGCUGCAACGUCACGCUCAAACCCAACAGCACUGAGUCCUGCAAUCUGCAGCCCUGCACCAGCUGGGCGACUGAAGCCUGGGGUCAGUGCUCCAGAAGCUGUGGUGGAGGCGUUCAGAAGCGAGCGGUGAGGUGCAUAAGUGAGGAAUCCGGCGAGGAAGAAAAGACAUCACUCUGUGCAAAAAACAAGAAACCUGACAGUGUGCAGAACUGCAGCCCAGAGGAGUGUAAAACUGAUUUAGGCCUAGUUUGUAAGAAAAACAGCAUGUCGACACGUUUCUGUGAGAAACUCAAGCUGCUGGGUCGCUGCUCGCUGCGCUCGAUCCGCAAGCAGUGUUGUGUCACUUGUCUGAUGUAA